AGCCAACUACUUUAGAAUCAACACAGCGCAACAAGCCCAGGUGACAAGUUUCAAGCCCCGGAGCCUGGCGGACCGCCAAGUACCUUCAGUUCUGAAUGCACAUGUCCCAGCAUUCGCCACCUUGAGCACCUGCGACCAGCUUUUGCUUUCUUCCAUGCCAGACAGCCAGUGGUAGAAACACUCGCAGUAGACAACAUUGCGCAGGAGCAAAGGAGCAAACGGGGUUCGCAGAAGUGGCUGCAAUUGGCAGACACGGCGGGAUCCAAUGCUUACAGGCGAAGAACCCGCAGCUGGUGGCGGAGAUGAAGGCCCAACAGGUGGAGGAAAUGACGAGCCUUCGCACUGGGCAACUGGAGGAGCUGGCAGCGCUGGAAGUCCAGUGGACCACGCAGGUGUCUGACCUGCGGUCCCGCCACAGCGAGGAGAUUCGCAGCCUGAAGAGCAGUCUGGAGGAGACGCACCGCCGCAGUCAGAGGAUGCUCCUGGAGCGGGACGAUGCGCGCGAGCAAUUGCUGAGCAAGCAGCGGGAGGGCUCGCGCCUGCAGCAGCAAAGCGCUGAUGCCCGGCACGAGGUCCUAGAGCUGUCGGCGCAGGUGAGGUCUCAGUCCUUUGGCGCUCGUGGCCUGAAUCGCUCGCUCUCAGCGUCGUUUCUUGACUCGCCCGUUCACAGCAUGUCCCUCCAGGAUGCUCGGCAGGUAGAUGCCGAGAUGCUGGACUUGAGGCGUCGCUGCCAGGAUCUGGAGAGGCUAUGCAGCAGGAUGCACGGCCUGCUGGAGCGUGGCCAGGAGGCAUGUGAGCGAUGGCGGCGGGAGGGCAUCAGCGCCAAGUCGGAGCUGCUGGCCCUGGAGCGUCUCAUCGAGCCCUUCGAGCUGGGUGCUGAGCUUUGAACGCGACCCGUCUCGCGCCUCAGUUUCGCAUGCGGGAAAAGACGUCCGAGAUGUUUGGAUCACCC